AUGGCAGAAGUCGCUCCAGCUCCGGCAGCCGCCGCUCCGGCUAAAGCUUCCAAGAAGAAGGCUGCGUCCAAGCCUAAGAAGGCGGGUCCCAGCGUCGGGGACCUGAUCGUGAAAGCCGUCUCGGCCUCCAAGGAGCGAAGCGGCGUGUCUCUGGCCGCCCCGAAAAAGGCUCUGGUGGCAGCAGGCUACGAUGUGGAGAAGAACAACUCCGCUCUCGGGAUCAAAAUCGUGGACUGUUAUGCUGCUCUCCCUGAGAAGUCGCCCACCCGGAAGAGCUCCCCUCAAGAAGAAGGACCAUCAGGGACAUCGGAGCCCCUCGCCAAGGGAGGCUGGAGGAGGAUCGGUGGUGGAUGUGGCGGCAGCGGCGAACCCGAACAUUGCGGCGGAGUCGACGAGGAAGGAGAUGACAGCUGCAAGGGCGGUAGCGACGGCGGCCUCGCCUGCAGAAGACGCGGCCAGGCCCGAGAAGGGCCCUGCUGCCCGGGUGGAUCUUCAGAGGAGGAGGAGCAGCCUGCUAGCAAUGUGGCUCCUAGGAUGAAGCACACUACUCGCUUCCGAUGGCGAAACACAGAGACAGCGGGGGACUUCCCGGAUCGUGCUGGGUUCAUCAGGGAAGUCAUCUUCAGAAAGUUGGGCCUGGCCGGCGCACAAGUUGUUUGCAUUCAAAGGAAUGGACCCCAGCGGUUUGUCGACGUCACCGUUCUCGCUUGA